AUGCCAGAACCGAUCUUGCCCGACGGCACAUUGUCACAUACCUCCCACGGCGACGCUUCCACCUCAUCGACACCCCUCGAGCUCCUACGAGCGGUCAAGGAAGUGCAAGAGCGACGGAUCUCUGUAUGGCACGAAUACGACGACGCUUUUGAGACGUUUCUGCGCCCAUCCACCGCUGUACAUGCCGCCCCGAUCAACGGAUCUCAGAACAACGUACCUUUAGCUACUGCGUCGGAGACCGAUUUUAGCAGCGGCCGUGGCUGUGCCGGGUGCAGCAGUACCACGCUCCCCCUAUCCGAGGAUCUGCUCGCGCAGAUCCUUCAGAUCACCACGCAAGCUCUCAUCGAAUGCGGCCAUAGGCUCAGAACAAUCCAAACCGAACUCGCACAUUCAAGCUCACCCGAGCUCGCGAACCUGGUCGACCAAAUCCAGGCAAAAGAGAAUGCAUUGUUGAGGAAUGUGGUCCAAAGGGAUCAAUUGCGCAAAACAACCUUCAAGCCAUCCACUCAGCAAGUCGAUCGAGCCGACGAUCUACAGCAAGCUGACGUCAAGGUCAAAAUCUCCCAAUUCGACGCUACAAUCGACGAAAUCAGAUCAGACAUAGCUCAACUCAUCCAGGAAGUAUACGCAGAGAGCUUGGAAUUACAACACUAG